AUGGAACCCAGAAAUAAAACAGAUAUUUCAAAAUUCCUUCUCCUGGCACUGAUAGAGGAUCUAGAACUGGAGUCCCUCCUCUUUAGCCUGUUCUUGUCCAUGUAUGUGAUCGCUGUCCUGGGAAACCUACUCAUUGUCCUGGCUGUCACCUUUGACUCCUACCUCCACACCCCCAUGUAUUUCUUUCUUGCCAAUCUGUCCUUCACUGACAUCUGUUUCAGCACAGCCACGAUCCCAAAGAUGCUGGCGAACCUCCAAACACAGCAUCAGAGCAUCACUUAUGCAGGCUGCCUCACCCAGCUCUGCUUUGUCCUGAUUUUUGGUGCUUUGGAAAAUUUUCUCCUGGGAGUAAUGGCCUAUGACCGCUAUGUGGCAAUUUGUCACCCACUGACAUGCACAGUCAUCAUGAACAUUCGCCUCUGUGGCCUGCUGUUUCUACUUUCCUUGUUCAUUAGGAUCAUGAAUGCCUUGUCCCACAGUCUGAUGGUGUUGCAACUGUCCUUCGGCCCAGAUUCGGAAAUUCCUUACUUUUUUUGUGAAGUUCUUCAGGUCAUUGAGGUUGCCUGUUCUGAUGCCCUCCUCAAUAACAUCUUCUCAUAUUUUGCAGCUACCAUAUUAUGUGGUGUUCCUCUCUCUGGGAUCAUUUUCUCUUAUAUACAAAUUGCUUCCUCCAUUUUGAGAAUGCCAUCAGCAGGUGGAAAGUAUAAAGUUUUUCUACCUGUGGGUCUCACCUCUCAGUUUUUUCCUUGUUUUAUGGGACGGGCUUAG